AUGGCAAAAGCGUCUCGAGAUCCCGUGCGGAGUUCUCGCACAUCCAAGGCAUGCGACCGUUGCCGCCGACAAAAACUCAAGUGCGACGCGACUCGACCCUGUAUUUUAUGUAUUCGUGCCGACAGUAAAUGUGUGACAUCGCAACAUCCACCGCGAAGGCGCGCCCGAAGCCAAGCCCGUGCCAUGAAAGAAACUUCGACAAGAUCGAUCCCCCGUCCUGCGCCUCAUGGAGGCAACGAGGCAGCGAUCGCACUAGCACAGAGAAGCUCGAUGCCCGAUUCCAAUACUUCAAACACAGACCCCGGGUUUCGGACGAAUAUAUCCGCCAUUGACUUUGCGCGAAGCGUGUUUGAUGAGGAAAAAACCGGUCGAUCGUUCACCGGGGCAUCUAUACCUGGUGAUGUUGGCAGGCCGACUUCCGAGAAUACAAUAUGGCAUUUGGAAAAAUUUCAAAUGCCCACGGAGUGCGUUAUGCAGGCACUGAUUGACGCAUACUUUCAUCGAACGCAAUGGCACAUUCUACUGUUCCAUGAACCCUCCUUUCGCAAGACUGCGCAGAGAGUUCUUUCGCAAAAAGUAUGGAGACGUCAAGAUCUCAGUGCUGUCAUGGCUGUUCUUUCAGUCGCAGCUAUAGGAUUGCAAUCCGUAAUGCCUGACACCAAGUGGCCGGGGCAUGAUCUUUUGCGUGGACACGCCAUUAAUGCGCACAGUCUUCUGCAGGGGUUCAUUAUGGAAGUCAGGCACCACCUUCUUGAUGUUCUAGAAGAUUGCCAGAUUGAAUCAGUCCAGAUUGGUAUCUUGCUGUCUUGCUUCUAUGUCUUCCACAACUCUCCUAAUCUUGCCUGGACGACUCUUGGGAUGGCAGUAAGGGCUGCAUUUGCUCUCGACAUCCAAUCUCAGAAAAACUCAAACAAGGACCUUAUUGAGAAUGAAGUUCGUUCUCGAUGUUGGAACCACAUAAUCGUGGCAGACACCUUCUCUUCAGUGAUCUAUGGACGUCCGCCAUCUGUAGAUCCCUCAUCUGUGGGGUUACAUCAACUAGGGACUCUGGAGGAUCUGGAGAUCGACCCCUGGCUACUUACGAACCCGCUGCUACUUAACAGUAGUGGUACAACAUCCAUGGCUACGUUUCACGCUCUAAAGGGAGAAAUUUACUGUAUCACUCGAGAGAGUCUCCUACGCUUUCGUCGCCUGCCCUCGCGUAAUGCAGUUGACGAGGAAGAUUUACGUGCUAUCGCUGAAAUAACCAAGGAGUUUGACAUGCUGUUGAUGCAGUGGAAGAACAAACUCCCGGAACUAUUUGAUUUACAGUUUUGGGAUUGUGACGGCCGAUGGAACCAAGUUUCCCAUCAGAUCCAGGCGCUUCCUGAACCCUCUAGAAAACAGAUAGAGAGCAUCUAUCUCCAGUCUGCUGUAUUGCAAUUGACGUAUGAUGCUGCAGUGAUCCAAAUCCACCGUCCCCUUGUGGAGCAAAGGAUCCAUAACUCAUCCUGCUCUGCCUCGAUCAUGGAUGCCAUUCAUCACUCACUCAGCACUGCCACCGCAGCGGCAAUGCGAAUAUCUCUCGCUCCUAUGCAUGCUCUUGAGACACAUUUCGCCGCAUCCUUUGCAUCGUUGCAGCAGUUCACCGCCGGUGUUAUCCUUUGCAUCCCACCUACCAUCCAGCCUCUCACUGGAGCCGCAAAUGAGGCAAAACGAGGGGUAAUGAGGAUCAUCCGGGUCAGCAAAUCAAUGAGUCAUUACAAUAGAAUAGCACGGCACAAUGAACAGCUCUUGACCGAGCUCUUGAAAGUUACCGUUCAACGUGAGAUGUCCUGUGCACUUGGCGAAAGUGCAGGCAUCGACUCUUCCAAAGAGACACCUCUCAAACAGCCAGUGAGCACGAGACAUUCUCAGCCGCCAUUUCUGAACACGUCCUCUUCGGUAUCCAACUCUGCUGGGAGGAAUAUUCCAGAUGUUGGUCAGAUACAACCGCCGUUUCCCCCAGAGGUUACCUGGAGACAGGGUACUUUGAACCAAGAUCUUUAUAACGGAGCCUUGGCCCACACCGAAUUUCCAUCGGCGCACACUGAAUUGCCAUCGGCGGACACCUUUCAACAACUUGAUGAUACUUUCGGUGCUUUUGGCGAACUCCUGUUCAAUCUUGUCCCCGACGACCAGAGCAGCAGUUGGAACUGGGGUCGAACAUUUCAGUAA